AUGUCACCAAAGGAUAAUCGUCCAACUGAAUACACGGCCCGGGCAUGUCUUGUUAUAUUCGGCGCCUUCACGUGUGCUUUUUGCACAGUGGGAUUUAUGAACUCGUUCGGUAUCUUCCAAGAGUACUAUACAAAGAAUCAGCUAUCUUCAAGUUCAACAUCUACCAUCGCAUGGCUGGGGGCGAUAGCAAUAUUUCUUUUAUUUGCUAUAUCUGUCGGAGCAGGAGCAAUGCUGGAUAUCUUUGGUCCAACGCUCAUGGUAUAUGUUGGUUCAUUCGGGUGUGUUUUUGCACUUAUGAUGACUUCACUAUGCCACGAGUUCUAUCAAUUUCUACUCGCCCAGGGUGUCGUGUUAGGUAUUUCCAUGGGGAUGGCUACAUGGCCAAUGCUCGCAUUGGUCGGACAAUACAUAAAAGUGAAGCGCGCUGCGGCAAUGGGGAUUGUUCUUGGGGGUUCAUCCCUCGGCGGAAUUAUUUGGCCCAUCGCGAUCGACAGACUGAUCAAUGAUCCCAACAUCGGGUUUCCCUGGACCAUGCGAAUUGUCGGCUUUAUCAUGAUUCCUUGCCUCAUAUUCUCAUGUGCAGUUGCCAAAUCUCCAAAGAAAGCUACGACAAAUGUGGAGGGUCGGGAUUUGAAUCAAGGGAGUGGCGAAAAUGCCACCGAACAAAAAGACGUACCGCAGAGUCACAAGGCAGAGGCUCUGGCCCUUUGGCGAAAGCCGUCGCUGCAGCUACUGUGCCUCGCUAUGUUCAUCAUAUACUUUGGCAUGUUCGCGCCUUUCUUUUAUACGACGUCCUAUGCGGUUGAGAGAGGAUUCUCGACAUCCCUAGCAUUCUAUACUGUUUCCAUUGUGAACGGCGCUUCGUUCUUCGGUCGAGUCCUUCCUGGUAUCGUGGCUGACAAGUACGGAAAAUUCAACUGUUGCAUCGUUGCCGCUAUAACCUCGGGGAUUAUUGCGAUGUGCUGGACCAAGGUGACAUCCGUGGCAGGUCUGGUAAUUUGGUCCGCUGCAUACGGCUUUGCGUCUGGAGGAAUUUUAUCCCUGCAGCAAGCUUGUGCCGCCCAGGUUGCUACUCCUAACACUCUAGGCUUGGCAAUGGGCACUGUGUCAGGUUCCACAGCUCUAUCUGCUAUGGCAAAUGUGCCCAUCAGUGGUGCUCUAGUUGAAAGAUAUGGGUAUCUUUCCCUGUCAAUGUUUUCAGGGGCAUCCCUGCUCCUCGGGGGUGUCCUCUUGAUUGCUGCGCGCCUGUCACAGAACAGGCAGCUUCGAGCUAUCGUCUAA